AUGGGUGAUGCAGAGAAAGGCAAGAAGCUUUUUAUGCAGAAGUGUUUUCAGUGCCACACUGUAGAGGCAGGUGGAAAACAUAAAACUGGACCCAAUCUCAACGGUUUGAUUGGUCGCAAGACAGGCCAGGCAGCUGGCUUCUCGUAUACCGCAGCAAAUAAAAACAAAGGCAUCACUUGGGACAAGGACACUCUCAACGAAUACUUGGAAAACCCUAAAAAGUACAUCCCUGGAACCAAAAUGGUCUUUCCUGGUUUAAAGAAAGCAAACGAGCGUGCAGACCUGAUUGCCUUCUUAACGGAAGCUACCAAAUGA